CAGAUGUUAGGCUUCUUACCCGCUAUGAGGAAAGAAUCUUGGCCCUCGCUGGAAAAGACUGGAAUCACUCCUGCGGGGUCGCCGAAGCUGAGCUCCAACUGCCAUCAGAUGUCUGUGUGCCUGGCUGAGCUGCACCUGUGGUCUAUGAAGAAUGCCUUACAAGUCAAGGAUACAGAUAUCGGCACCUAUCAAUAUUAUGAUAAGAGAGAGGCAGUGUCACCAUCAGAUUGUUGUUACCUGGAAGCAAAGCAGCAUAUGACAGAGGCUCGUGAAUACUUGUGGACACCCAAGAAUAGACGUCCAGAUAAACUUCGAGACACCCUCAAGGAGUUUGAGGAGCUGCUGCAGUGCAGCCGUUGUGUGCUGAGCAAAUGGAAGGACAAGAACUUCGGUCAGCUUUUCUUCAGUUCAGGUGUACUGGUGUCUUUAAGCCUCUCUGGGCCACAUCUGGAGAAAGCCAUGAUCGACAGGACCUUAGUGGGGAGGUUCAUCUCUGACACCAUCUAUGAUGCUGUACUUGCAGACAAUUUUAUGAUCAUAACUUUUCUGGAGUCCAGCAAACUUUGCUUUGUUCAAUUAACAAAGAAACAGAAUUCUCCAGAUGUUGAGAGAAGAAUUGAAAAGCUAUCCUCUUCUGAUCUUAAGAUUUCUUACAUCAGUUUACCAGGCCCUACAGGACGGAGAGUAGAACGCUGCUUAGCCAUUAAUUAUAUACAGGAUAUGGUGAUCUGCUGGUGGAAAACGGUUCGUGGAGAUGCCUGGCCUUGGUCUCCAAUAUCUAGUGAAUGUGACAGAGCUAAUGUGGUGUUGUUGAGCUGCACAAAUGGCCGACUUGAGAUUUUAAGCUUCAUCCGCACAGAAGGUGAUCCACUUGAUGCUGGUUUCAGUAUUAAUCAGCCCUAUCAGGUCCAUACAGUAGAAUGCUUUAUUGGCCAAGACAAAGAGCCAAUGGCAGACAGCUGCAUCUAUGAGUGUGCUCGGAAUAAAUUACAGCGUGUGGCAGUCAUUAGCAUCCCAUUGAGAUCCAAAGCCAUUUGCUGCAGCAGAAAUGUUAUAGAAGACAAACUUGUUUUAGGUUGUGAGGAUUCUUCACUAAUUUUAUAUGAUGCUCAUCGCAGGGUAACUUUACUAGCUCAAGCUGAUCUGAUGCCUUCAUUGAUAGCUUGGCAUCCUGAUGGUGCAUUAAUUAUGGUGAGCAGCUAUCAAGGUGAAGUUCAGUGUUAUGACAUGGCACUGUCACCAGUUAAGAUGCAGUUGUUAGCAGAGGACAUAAAACCUGUGACCAAACUUCAGCUCAGCCAACAGUUUGCUAUAACAAGUAGAUUGGCACAGAUUCAAUGGACAGUUUCCCAGAUCAUUCCUUCAAGUAGCAACAGCCUCGAUUUACAUGAUCGCAUGUUUCUGAGAUUUGAUAAAGGGCCUGUUGGAGUACUUUGUUUGAAACUAGGCGCCGUAUUGAGAGGAAAGCUGAGACCGACAGAACUCAUCUAUCAGUAUAUUCGUUAUGAGCAAAUCGAUGAGGCUAUUAAUAUCUUGUGUGGCAUGAAUUGGAACACAGUGGGUUCGCAGUGCUACACUUCCCUCAUUGCCCUUGUAGAUCACCUCCUUAAACAGAAGCUUUCACCAGAAAGAGAAGCACAACUUGAAGCAAGUCUUGGAACGUUUUAUGCUCCGACAAGACCCUUGAUGGAUACGGUUGUGUUAGAAUACAGGGAUCCAAUCAGCCGGUAUGCCAGGCGUUUUUUUCACCAUCUGCUCAGGUAUCAGAGGUUUGAAAAGGCUUUUCUGCUGGCGAUUGAUAUAGGUGCUCGAGAUCUCUUCAUGGACAUUUAUUAUGUGGCUUUGGAUAAGGGUGAGUUGGCCCUGGCUGAAGUGGCUAAGAAGAAAGCUAAUGAGAUUGAUGCAGAAUCAAUAACAGCUGAAGUUGAAACUCUGGACUGCUUACAUGGACGAGAUCCUUUGAUAGGAGAGAGGGCAGAACUGCAUUCUGCCUCAUUUAGGAACAGGAAUCUUUCUUCAGGAUCAGGCAGCUGCAGUAGCAACAACUCAUUGCAUUUUGGUGCACAGAACAAUCCUACUGACAGGUCUUCAUGCCAUAACAUGACCGAUGACAUGGGAAGUGAACUUGGGUUCAAUGCCUAUGCUGCAGCCCUGACAGCUGACCCUUUGGCUUGGACCCAGGCAGGGAAUUAUUUUGAUGGAGAAGGAGAGCCACAGGAACUUGAAAACAGCAACACUCUGAAAGUGAUACACUUUGGUCUAGUGUGAAAUGCAAUUUUGGUUUCUAAAUUGCAUGGUAGACAAAGCGUAGUACCAUUUAAUUACCAUUAUGCUUGUCUAUUAAAAGGGUUCUCGCUGUUUCCAUUGUCUAAAUAUUAUCAUAAAACCCAGAUAAUGCAGAAAAUCUUACAACAGUUCCAAAAAAAUGAAUAAAUCUUUUACUCUUAAGCUUCCAUUGCUUCUGUUCUACAGUCAUAUUGAUUACAGGUAGGCCUAUUUGAUACACUUCUUUAGAUGAUGAAUUUUUUAUUAUAUUCUUAUAUGAGGUAAAAGUUAUUUCAUUAUGCUUCUACAGUUGAAUUACUUACACUUCAUUCAGUAAAUUCUCUCCAUAGCCACAAAAAAGAACCACAAGAUUUGGAUUCACAUAACCAGAAAAUUGUAAAUGUUCUUGUAGCUCAUUGUUUAUAAUAGGGGCAAAGUUCAUAAUGUACAGAAUUUAUUUCAUUGUGACUUCAAAUGUGGAGGAAUUUGUAUCCUUUCAUUAUCCAUUUAUCUUAUUUGUCCAUAAAAUUAACAUAUUGUACAUACAAAUUAGGAGCAGGAGUUGGCCAUUCAGCCCCUCAUGCCUGCUCCACCAUGCAAUAAGACCAUGGCAGACCUGAUCAUGACCUCAACUCAACUUUCCUGCUUUGACUCCCUUGUUAGCCUAGAAUCUAUCUAACUCAGUCUUAAAAAUAUUCAAAGUGAUCCAGUCUCCACCACUGUCUGGGGAAGAAAAUUCCAUAGCCAAACUACCAUCAAAAGGAAAACUGUGUCCAGUAGUUCUAAUCUCUCCCAUAAAGGGAACAUCCUUACAGCAUCUAUCCUGUUAAGUCCUCUCAGGUUCUUAUUUAUACAAGGUGCUGGCAGCUAUGGUUUUACCAAUGUCCUAUACAACUGUAACAAAAUGGCCCUACUUAUAUGUUCCAUUCUUCUUGUAAUGAUGACAACAUUCCAUUUGCCUUCCUGAUCACAUGCUGCCCUUGCACACCAACUUUUUCUGAUUCAUGUACCGGGCACCCAGAUUCCUCUGUGCAUAAGAGUUCAGCAAUCCUUCUCCAUUUAAAUAAUAUGCUGCUUUUCUGUUCUUCCUGCCCGAAUGAGCAAGUUCAUAUUUUCCCACAUUAUACAUCUGUCAAGAUUUUAUCCACUCAUUUAAUCUGCCUAUAUGUUUUUGCAUACCCCUUGUGUCCCCUUCCCAACCUGCCUAUCUUUGUUUUAACUAUUUUCUUUAUGCACUGUUUCCAAACAAGGUUGUCAUUAGAAAUACCACUAUUCUUUUCUGUUGAAUUUAAAUUCAGGUUAUUUUGAAAACGAUGCCUUUUCUUUAAUACAGCAAAAUUCUCAUUGCAUUUUGAGAAUAAGCUGUUUGUAGCAAUGCCUUAACUUUCAACACAAAAUACACACUUUAUCUACAAGAACUGUUUUUGUCCACUUCACUCAUGACUUCUGUCAAAACUGAUGAUGGCCUGUAUGAGGGAUUAAUCUAGCAUCAAUCAGUGGUGUAUAAUCCUGCAUGCAUAGCAUUUUUCUUUGCUUUGUAUGUUAAGAGGAUUUGAAUUUAAAAUGCAAAAAUUGAUGCAAAAAAUCUGCAUAAGAUCAAAAUUAGUUCAUUUUGCAAAGUUUUUCUGUUCAUUUAGUUCCAUCUAUUCUAAAUUUUUAAACACUGGCAUUUCAGAUAUAGUCAUAAUAUAGAUGACGGACUUCAAUGAGUAUCCUUUCAAUGUGAUUGCUAUUUUUUGAAACUCUCAGUUAAUAUCCCAGUGCCUGUGAUAGUAUCAGACUUGUUUAAUGUUAUUGUGUGGCAUCUCAAAUCUUCAUAUAAAGGUAUGGUAGAAAUGUCUUGUACAAACCAAUGAUGGAUUUGAAUGUACUCUAUUAUAUAACUUGCAAAAUAUUAAAAUGUAACACUCAUAGUAAAUAUUGUGUCAUAAGAAAACUGUGUAAAUGUUGGAAAUCAGAAACAUAAGACUUUCACAAUGUGUCAGUGAGCAUCUGUACUGAGAAGAGCUGAGAUGUAAUGUUUUUCACAUGUGAUUCAUCAUGUGUUGUGAUGACUGAAAGGUGAACACAUGAAUGCAGAAUUUGCAGAAGUCACCUCUGGACAUUGCUCAGGUGUGCGGAGGCUGACCAAUGCAGACAGCAAUAAGGAACAGAACCCAAAACUAAUUUCCCCCUUCCCUCGUUCAGGAAUUUUGGGAUAAUUGUGCUGACCACCUGCCAUCCUGCUUAACAUGUCC